AUGUACUGGCCAGUUGGUAUUCCAUCAGUAUUUCAAUUAAAAAAUGAUUUUUUAAUGGGAUUGGAAUAUACAUCUAUUUCACGAGGAGAAACCAUUUUAGCAUUGAAGAAAUUUCAUAAUGGAACACAUUUUAUUGUCUUAACAUCUAAACGUAUUUAUGUUUGGCAGAUCCGGCCAACAGUACUUAUUUCAUGUAUUACACGUUCAGCUAUUUCAUUAACAUUGUAUGGAGAGAACAGAGAUUUUUUUAUAAUGAAAGAUUCUGAAUUUGCUAUUAUAAAAACAUCACUUGGAUUUUUAGUUAUAUAUUCGAUACAUAAUAAUCUGGACCAAAAACUUUAUAAAUUCCAUUAUUCUCAUAAUAAAACAACAGUUUUUGACUUUUUAGAUUCACAUGGAUUGACAGAAUACGAAUUGUUGUAUUUAAAAUUUAGAUCAAUGAUUAAAGUAGAUUCGGGUUUAUUGUGUGUAUUGGCAUUGGAUGAAUGUUUGUUGUUUUCUACUUUUAACCCACCUUCUGUUCAAUCUGUUUCGCAGAAAGAAUUUAACCAUACGAUUACAAUGUCAGAUGAUGUGGCACAUAUGGAAUGGAUUGAAGAUAAAAAUGUUGCGAUUAAUAAUAUGAUUUAUGAAAAAACAAUGAAUAUAUAUAUAUGGAUUACAUCAAAUAGUAAAGCAUAUCUUGUUCGAAAAAAUCCUUCAGUAAAAUCAAGAAAUCAAGAAAACAUUAGAAAUUGGACAGGAAUUUGUUUCUAUGUUCCCGAAACAGAAGAAAACUAUAUUGUUAAAACAGAUAUAAAUAUACGCUUAUCCUUGAUUGCAUUUGGAUGUAAAAAUGGUGAAAUUAAGAUAUUUUAUAUUGAAAAAUCCAAAAAUUUAAUAAGUUAUCUAUAUACAAUUAUAUUAGAUGAUUUUAGUGUGACUGGAAAUAUUGAAUGUAUGUCAUGGUCAGAGGACGGCUGUGUAAUCUUUGUGGGAUUUCAAAACACUUGGUCUUUAUGGAGUGCUUAUGGAAAUUUAUUAUGUUCCAAACCAAAUGUAGAAAAUGUUUCUGAAAAUUCUAAUGAGGAAAUAUUUAUGGGAGGAGUUAGUCAUGCAUUAUGGUUUAAUGAAGGGGCCGAAUUAAUUAUAGUAAGUAAUAAAGAAAAAUCGGAUGGGAAACUCUGGAAGAUAAAUAUGGCAAGAAGUAUUCGACGUUUUUCUCUUAAUUCUGAAAAUUCUCUUAAUUUUAUUUUGCAAAUUUCAGAUGUAUUUCUUAUUUAUAAAGGUCAUGAAGAAUCUGAUAUUGAUAUAAUAAAUCCAAAACAAAUUCAUUGGAAACAUGUCCAGAUACCAUUGAAUUAUUUUUAUGAUAAUUGGUCUAUAAAGUAUAUUGCUAUAAGUGCAUGUUCUGAGCACUUAGCAAUAGCUGGAUACUAUGGAAUGGCAUAUUAUAAUUUUAAGACUGAACGAUGGAAAAUAAUUGUCAAAGAUACAAAUUUUAGUUUUCGAAUUUCAGGUGGAAUGUGUUGGUAUCAAGACGUAUUGAUUGCAUCUACAUCAAUUAAUAAUACAUAUGGACUGAAAUUAUUUUCUAGAAAAAAAACAGUAGAUAAUAUUGAAGUUUUAUCAUUUAUAGAUAUCGGUGUGCCUAUAUAUUUACUUACUCUAAUAUCUGAAAAUCUUUUGUUGUAUACAGGAAAUAAUUUAAUUUUUCAGUAUCUUAUUAUUAUGAACGACUUCAAAGUUAAACUUGUUCUGGUAGGAAGUAUUAAUUUAAAGGAUAUAGUUUACUACCCUAAAUCUUUAAGAGCAUUUACAUGGUGUUUUUUAAGUGAUCAAAUGCAAAAUGGCCGUUUUAUAAAUAAUAUACAUAUGGCUAGCAUUAUUCUUCUUGUAGAUGACAAACUUAUGUUUUUAAAACCUAAAAAAAAUGAUCCUGCGUUAAAGUAUAAUAUAUAUUUAUUAUCAGAAAAAGUCGAAUAUUUUUUAUUUAUUGAUCAUUUAUCACAAUAUUUAAGACCUUCAAUAUGUGCAUUUUGUGGAACAGAAAUUAAAAUAUGGAUGGACUUUUCUAAUAUUAUAGAUGAUACUGAUAAUCAAAGUGAUGAUGAAAGUUUUUUAAAUUUAAAAAAUGAUUGCAAUUUAAUUACUAUUCCUUUGGAUUUUUAUCCUGUUUUUUUUCUAUUGAAUAAAGGUGUCAUCUUAGGAAUAAAAAAUACUGUAAUUCAACAGAGAAAUUUGGAUUUUUUUAAUUUUAAGUUUGAUAUAAUGACUACACUUUUUCUACCAUAUAUCUUAGAAAAAUAUUUAGAUAGAACUACAAUUAAGGAAUCUAUUAUUUUAGCUUCUAAAUAUCAGAAAUUGGUCUAUUUUAAUCAUAUACUUGAGCUUCUUUUGUACAAUGUAUUAGAAAAAGAGAUAAAUUGUUUAAAGGAUUUCGAUCCUUUACUUCCUAAAGUAGCAUCUUUUCUAAAUCAUUUCCCAAAAAUGCUGGAUAUAGUUGCUUCAUGUGCGCGUAAAAUAGAGAUUUCUUUUUGGAAGAAUCUAUUUAGCGUUAUAGGCACUCCAAGAGAAUUGUUUGAAAAAUGUAUGGAACUAGAUAAACUCGAAACAGCAACAGAAUAUCUAAUUAUAUUACAUACUAUGGAAUCAACUGAAGAUAUGGAUAAAAAUAUUAUAAGGGUUUUGGAAAAGGCUGUGCUAUUAAAAAAAUGGAAACUUUGUAGUGAAUUGGCUAGGUUUUCUGUUUCAUAUAACAAUGAAAUAAUCUUGAAAAAAUUUAUAUUAUCCUUUCCUGAUAUAUUAGGUAUUCAUAAUUAG